UUCAGCACUGGGAAUGAGACAGCUCCGUCCCCCCCGAAACCCAGCGCGCCUCACGUUGCAUGGGUCCCCAGUUACUGAUACACAUUUGCCCGCUGGGAUCCAUCCCAGCGACGUAAAACUCCUGGAUAACGGGACAGGAAAUAAGCGAGACGGACAGAAAAACACACCGUUUGUUGUUCAUCGUGAGGAAAACAGAAAGCCGAGCCCACCCUUUCACUUGACAACGCGACAACAAGCAGGCAGAAAGGUUGUAUUCCCAGCUUUUCAUCCACCAUCCACCCUAACCUGCUGGGUUGGGGAAACCCCUGAUGAGUGGGACCUGUAUUCAUGAGCCCCGUGCCCCUUCCCCCUCCCUGUCAGGCUUCAGCACCCCGGUAUCAGAACCCCCCUAUCGAAGACUCGAUGGCGACACCCCUGCCUGCACCCCGGAAACAGACCUGACCCCCACACAGUGUGUCCUCCGAAACGUGCUUUCCAUUGACACUGGUGGCUCGGGGGCACCAGGUGGCAGCAGUCCCACUCCCAGUGAUGGACCUUCAGGCCACUUUGAUAACAGUGUGCUAAAACUACAUGAUCAUGACACCUGCCAGUGUGGCGGAGGGGCCGAGGCAGGCCACAGCCCAGAGGCUGGUGCUGUCCGGAGCCAUUCGGAGAACAUUCGGCUACAAUCGGGGACUGGAGGUUUUUUGGAAGGACUGUUUGGAUGCCUAAAACCUGUCUGGACCAUGAUCGGAAAGGCGUACUCUACUGAACACAAGCAUAGCCAUGAAGGCAUUUGUAAGGCCUUGUGUUUUUGCUUACUUGUCUGUGUUUGUUCAGAGUGUUGGGAGGUUCCGUUUGAGGAGAUCUCAGACCUGCAGUGGGUUGGCAGUGGGGCGCAGGGGGCCGUCUUCCUCGGCAAGUUCCACGGAGAAGACGUGGCCGUAAAGAAAGUGCGAGACAUCAAGGAGACUGAAAUCAAACACCUUCGCAAACUCAAGCACCCCAACAUCAUUACUUUCAAGGGUGUGUGCACCCAGGCUCCUUGUUACUGCAUCUUAAUGGAAUACUGUGCCCAAGGCCAACUGUAUGAGGUGCUGAGGGCAGGCCGUAAAAUCACACCCUCCCUCCUGGUUGACUGGUCCAUGGGCAUUGCAGGAGGCAUGAACUACCUACACCUUCAUAAGAUCAUACACCGAGACCUCAAGUCUCCCAACAUGCUGAUCACACACGAUGACCUUGUGAAGAUCUCGGACUUUGGAACCUCAAAGGAGCUCAGUGACAAAAGCACCAAGAUGUCAUUUGCAGGCACUGUAGCCUGGAUGGCACCCGAAGUUAUUCGGAAUGAGCCAGUGUCAGAAAAGGUGGACAUCUGGUCAUUUGGAGUGGUGCUGUGGGAGAUGCUAACUGGGGAGAUCCCUUAUAAAGAUGUGGACUCAUCUGCCAUCAUCUGGGGUGUGGGAAACAACAGCCUCCAGCUGCCCAUCCCCGAGAGCUGCCCUGAUGGCUUCAAGAUCCUACUCAGACAAUGCUGGAACUGUAAACCCAGGAAUAGGCCUUCUUUUCGUCAAAUCCUUCUCCAUCUGGACAUAGCUUCAGCUGACGUUCUUUCCACUCCUCAGGAGACGUACUUCAAGUCCCAGGCUGAAUGGCGAGACGAGGUGAAACAGCACUUUGAGAAGAUUAAAUCUGAGGGCACUUGUCUGCACCGACUUGAUGAGGAGCUGAUCAACCGACGCAGAGAGGAGCUCAGACAUGCUUUAGACAUCCGUGAGCACUAUGAGAGGAAACUAGAGCGGGCGAACAACCUCUACAUGGAGCUCAGCGCUGUCAUGCUGCAGCUGGAGCUCAAAGAAAAAGAGCUGCAGAGGAGGGAGCAGUCCUUGGAUAAGAAGUAUCCGGGGUUUUUUAAGCACCACAGCUCCAGACAGAGCAGCUCUUCUAACAGCAUGGACAAGCUCAUCAAGAAGAGAAAUGUCCCACAGAAGCUUCCUUCAGGAAAGAGGCCAGACAUCCUUAAGUCUGAGGUAAUCAUUCCCAAAAUGGAUUCCUCUGUAAUGCAAGUCACUAUCCCAACCUGCCCCACUAGAAACUCCACUUCUCCCAGCCGGUCUCGAAGGGUAAAGACCCGUCACCGCAAGCCUGGAAAAGGCAGUAGUGGAGAUCUGGCAGUACUUAAAGCUAAUCAGUCGUCUCCCAAUAGAGAGACUGUGGCCCAGGUGAACAACUCGGCCACUAACUCCUCCAAGCAGCUGCUGGAGCCGUCUGCGGCCCUUAGGGGCUUCAGCCACGAGCAGCAGCAAAGGCAGCUAUCCUCUUCCAGCCCCGACCUCAUCUGCACCGCACUAGAGGCGGGCAGUCAGAGAAAAGAGGAUCCACCUCUGGGUGGGCUAGAGAGAGGAGGGAGCCUCAGCGCCUCUGCAGGAUUAGGGGCAUCAGAGGCAGGAGUCGCCGGUUUGGAUGAUCUCACAGAAACUCCUCCACGCAGCGACACUCCUAGCGAGGAUGCGGCAUCAUUCCCGUUCUCAAGCAGCCCGGACUCACCUUGUGGGAGGGGGGCGGCAUCAGGGCGCGGCUCUUUGGGAUCACCACGCCUGCCCCAUGAUGGCGGGGAGGAUAAAGAGGAUGGAGCCGGCGCUGUGAGGUUGCCCCGAGGGGCUUCAGGGGGAAUUGGAAGUCAGCACCUCACACCUUCAGCCAUUCUGUACAGGGCAGCUAUUACACGUAAACAGAGGCGUGGGGUGUCAUCAGAAGAGGAGGAGGGUGAAGUUGACAGUGAGGUUGAGUUACCACGGAGACGACGUCCGACAAGCAUCACCAAGUGUCAGUCGGUGUCGACCUUCAGCUCAGAGAACUUGUCAGUUUCGGACGGCGAGGAGGGCCACACUACAGACCACUCCCAUAGCGGCACUCCUGAUGUGGUCAGCACCAACACGGAUGACAGGUUGGACUACCGCAGUGACGACCUCCUCUCUCAGGGCUCCGAGAUCCCGGCAGACAACACGGAUCCUGCACAGACUUCCGAUGGACUGUCAGAGAGAGAGGGAACGUCGGGUCAGGCCAAAGCUCAGCUGGAAGCCGAGCAGAAUCCAAAUGAGGGUCGUGUCCUGUGUGAUGAUUCGGACUGCGACAGCGCUGAGCUGGACCAGUCGGGCAGUGGAGAACCGAGCCGACCCCCCAGCGCUGGAGCCUGGGCACCGCCCCUUCAAGCUUAUCAGGGGUCACCACAGCCGCCUCUCACAGGACCUCCAUAGAUAACUAGACUCAAAUACCUCUAACCACCAUCACAUUAGUGCACCAGUUGGCCAGUGCAGCAUGCCAUGAGGGAUCACACCUGCAGUACUACACAUCUCAGAUCAAGUUAUGAGGGCUCCCAAGUGCACUGGCUGGCUUAACUCCCAUCACAUGGCAUUUGUCACAACCUGACAGUCAUUGUUUUUCCUUUGGCAGCUUGUGAGAUAAUCAGAUAAAUGUCAUUUUACAUUCAGUACUGUUUGUAGGCAAAGUAGGUACAAAGGUAUCCUUAGCCACGGCGCCAGCCCAGACCACCACACACCCAGUCCUUUAAUCACACUAACGAUCACUCUGGGAGCAUCCCCAUACAGUAAAUGCUAAUGAAUAAUAAUGUAAAUAACCAUGACAUACCACAUGGGAAAUACAUUAUUUUAUUUGUAAGAUAAAAUCUAAGAAUACAUGGUAUGCAGCCCUGUGAACAAAUGCAUGACUAUAUGUUUAUAAUUUAAGAUUUGAAUGUGUCGGUUUUAUAUUUUGUGAAAGUUCACACUUUUUUAAUCCUGAAAAUAUUUCUUCAGUUAUUUAUGUUAAUAAAUGUGAGCACGAAAAAAGCGUGUAAAAAAAUGGAAUGGGAAUUUCACAAAGAUAACACUCAUGGUGCGCAAUUUGGGUUUCUCAGUAGGUUUUUUUUGUUUUGUUUUUGUUAAACCACUCCUGCUGAGUUUCCAGCACGAGACUUACGUGAGGUUUUUACAGAGGUCAUCAGAUAUGUGAUGGAAGGGAGACCUUUCAGUUCACUCAAAAGGCAACUGUUACCAUUGUAAAGUAGAAACUUCUAAAAGUGUUGUUCUUGAUGAGUGUUAAGUAGUGCCUGCACUCACAGCAACAACCUCCUCUAACAUGCACCGCACUGAACCAGGACGUCUUACGCUUAAACUCUCUCUCAGCAGCAACACUGGUGCAGGUGCUAAUAAACGUGAAUGUGCUUUCGUAAUGAACUUAAAGGACUCACUUAAUUCAGUACGUCUGUCGCCUUCAUAAAAAUCUCCACGUCCCCCUCGACCCUUUAAGAUUUAUGCAGGAGUAGCCUGGUAAACAAUAUAGAGCACUUCUCUGUGGUUACUAGUAGAAAAGUUAAGUAUCCUUUGAAUAGAAAUGUUUUGUUUUUAUACAGCAUUGCACAUUGUACCUGUAACAUAGGAAUUAUAUCAAAAGAAAAUUAUGAGCUACAAUAAAUAAUGUAUUGGUUAAAAAAAAAAAGUCUCUUUUCUUUGUUUAAAAAAAGGGAAUACUGUGACGCCUUAGACAAGGUGAGAAUUUAAGCUUGAAAGCUAGUAAAGUGUUAGGAAUAACAGCAGAAGGAAAACAAAAGGUGUGUUUAAACAUUUCACAUUUUUUUAUUUCUGUUUUUUAUGUCUUCAACAAUUUCAUUGCACCCAGAUCUACUAUAGUUUAAAAACGUGCACAAAAAGUGAGUUUCAUCUUCCUGCAAAGAAUAAAAAAUUAAAUCUUACCCAGGCAAAAACGGAUCGCAAGAAACUAGUGUUAAUUCUAGAAUUCUUGUCCUUCUAGUUUAUCAUAAUUUAAUACCUCAGCAUAAUAUACUUUUAAAGACCAAUACGUCUUGUAGUCUUGCAGCAUUCCCCCAGCAGUUAAAAAAAAUAUUUUCUCUAUUUAAAACAUUUCAAUGUUAUAACCGCCAUUAUUAUGGUCUUUAGUCAUUUCAGUGAAAAGAAAAUAUUUUCCUCUUACUCAGACCCACUGUCGGCAGCACAGCCCACCUGCCCACAUCAGAAUGCAAUACAAAACAAUAGGCAAAACGUCUGAUCAAAAAAAGGAAACCGAUGGAAAAACAGGAAUGACACAAUUACUCAGAAGAUUCGGUGAGACAAAAUGCAGUUGCAAAUUCAUACAAUGGAAAAUUGCUGUAUAGCGUAGAACUUUUCUGCAUUCAACUUCAACUGAGGCCACUUAGACCCUUUUAAAACCCGUCAAAUCCACAAUGCAUCGCUCAGGAGGCACAGCUCCUAAUAUAACCACUAGAUUCUCUUCUUACAAGGAGCUGUCUUAAAUAAAAAUAAAUAGAUAUUUAAAAAAGGAAGGGAACAGUCCAUCUAUAAUUUUGAGUUAGUUUUUUUCUUCAUUUUUACAUUUUCUAAGAAAAAUCUGACAUAAGAAAAACAUUAUUUAUGCUUUUUCAGAUUUUUCUAAAACAUUUUUACCUUUAUCAAGAUCAUACAGAUAUACAGAAGAACAAGAGGAGUCUUUAAAAACCAUAUGUAAUGGGAAUUUUAAACUUAAUAAAUAAAUAAAAUACCAUUAUCAUAAUGAUGCUGUAGUUACAACCAAGGCGUACAACCCAAAGCAGAGGAAACGUGAGUUCAUAGUAUUUUUGCAUGAAGUUCAAUAAGGGACCUCUUGGUAAAAAGUUGGGGGAAGGGCAACUUUAGAUGCUGAUGAAGAUCCUCCAUGUCAGUUGGCUGCAAGUCCAGUGGCUUCAGAAGAGAGCCUGAGCACAGCAAACAGGAUGCUUCAAUCAAUCUUGGCAAUUGUUUUAAAUCAUUACAAAACAAAUUGUAUAGU